AUGGACAUCGACACAGCAACGCAGGAAACGUCGCUGACUGACCCAGAUUUGACCUUGCCAGCCGACGCCCGGGUCAUUGUCGACCGAAAGGCACUAACAACCGAUGCUCUUGCUUUGUUUGAACCUGAUCCAAAGGAGUGCACAUCGUUCAGUGAGAGGAAUGGAGAAAUGUGCAAGCGCGCACUCCGCCGUAUCCCACGGUUCUUCCUUGGACUAUUUCCAUGCAUAGCGUGGAUCAAAAGCUACAACGUGAGGACGUUCCUCGUUCCCGACGUCCUCGCAGGGCUUUCGGUAGCUGUGCUUCACGUGCCACAAGGUCUUGUGUGUGCCAUCAUAGCCGGAGUGGAUCCAGUUCUGGGCCUGUACAGUUCACUUUACCCUGGCUUGAUCUACGCUAUUAUGGGGACUUCGCCUUAUGUAUCUAUAGGCGUGUUUCCUGUAACAGCACUCAUGACUGGUGUGGCGGUCCAAAAAUACGGCUUCAUCUCUGACAACGCGACGGCCCUUGCUGACGAUGGAGCCCAGCUAUCCAUUGAACAGUCGAGAAACGGUGUAGCCACCACGAUUGCAUUCAUGAGCGGGCUUAUUCAGGUAGCCUUGUGGCUAUUGCCAUUAGACCGGUUGGCGGCCAUCAUAUCACCUGUAAUGGCCGAAGGCUUUCUCACGGCCACCGCAGUCAUGGUCAUCGUCAGCCAGCUGCCGGCGGUCUUCGGAAGCGGUGCCCAAACUAGCAAAGGGCUUUUCGGUACUCCACUGACCAUCUACUACGUGGCGAAGAGUAUACCACACAGUACCCCGGCCACCUUACUGCUCUCACUGGCCGCAUUUGGGCUACUCAUAGUCUUGAAGGGAGUCAUUGCUCGCCAAAUGAGGCUUUUCACAGUGGUCCCUCUCCCAUCAGACCUCAUUUUGGUCGCUGUGGCCACGGCAGCUUCUCAUUUCCUAGAGCUCGACGUCAAGCACGGGGUGAAAGUUGUUGGGCAUAUUACCUCAAGGUUUCCGAAACCAACGCUGCCACCUUUCGAGAAUUGGCCAUCGCUUCUACCCGACUCUGCGGCAAUCGCCAUCGUGCAGUUUGUAUCCACUUUUUCCAUAGCGAAACUGUUCGGCCAAAAGCAGCGCGUCAAGGCGAAUGCAAGUCAGGAGAUGCUGGCAUACGGUAUGAGCAACGUAGUCGGUUCAUUCUUCUCGUGCAUACCCGCAGGCUCGGCAUUGGCGAGAUCUGUUGUUCUCAGAGAAGUCGGUGUGAAUACUCAGGUGUGUGGUCUUGUCUCAUGCGCAUUCGUGGCUGUCACGCUCUAUUCUAUUGCACCAAUAUUUCGGCCCCUGCCAGAGUGUGUCCUUGGCACGGUAAUUAUUGUAGUCCUGCUUCCAAUGCUGAGCACGCUGAGAAAUUUGCCAAAGCUCUGGGUCAUCAGCCGAUUUGAUUUUACGAGAAAGUGCGUCAACUCCUUCAGCACGAACAGCUCGGUGAGCGCAAGCCAUCACACCUUCUGGGUUGUAUGCGUGCCCCUGCGGGCAGUACGCCGGUUGACGACUCCCUCCUCCGAAUAUUCUGCCUUCAGAGUCUACCCUCACACGCACAGGAUUCUCCAAGUUCACCCGAAUAUGCCGCUGGACCAGCUCGCCGAAAUCACGGACCAAGUCGUCAAAGUCUUUCUACCAUCGCCACCUCUCUCCGUCCAUGCCGUCGGCACCACAAAGCCCACGCCUGAGCUCGCGAGCCGUGUAAUCGAAAUCGCCCAGUUUCCCGACCUGACUCGUCCUAGCGAGCGUCCCCGAGAGGUGCGCCACUCAACCGUGCACUCAUUCGUGCUACUCCCAGCCCCCCGGGCUCUUGCCGCGCCGGUCGGCCAGCUCCGGACCGCCUGCGCAUCGCCCGAGCCGAGUUUGCAAGCCUGCUCCACGAAGGAAUUGCCCGCCGCUCGGAGGGACCUUACGCCUCCCCGCUUCACCUGGUACCAAAGAAGACUGAUGGCUGAAGACCCUGAGGAUAUUAUCGCACCCUCAAUGCCUGCACCAUCCCCGACAGAUUGCGAGUUCGGUGCUCUUCGAGAGGAGUUCCUGCGCGACCACCCCAUGGUUGGAAUCAAAGGCAAGCAGAUAACUGCUAGGUUACAGCUCGACGCCGACCUCACGCUACGAAAGGCUCUCGAUUCCGACCACCAGAUCGAGCAUCCUUUUGGGAAAUUCUACUUUGUGAAGAAUCAAGGAAACUCACCACCUUCGCCUCACCUUUUGGGCGCUGUAUUAAUGUUUGGAGUUGCGUCAACUCCUGAACACUUCCAGAAGGAGAUAGCGUACAUUUUGGAAGGCUUCACACGAGUUGUGUGUCACAUGGACGACAUCCUCAUCUGGGGUUCCAACAGCCAUAGAUACAAUGAGACACUCCGAAACGUGCUGCAGCUGACACCCCAAUUGCCAGAUCGAGACAGCCUUCAGAACUUCGGGGAAAAGUAUCCAAAACGCCAACGGAAAGACUUCGACAGUCGUUACAGAGUCCGCAACUUGCCGGACCUUCUCUAUGUAGAUUUCGUGUGGAUGACAGACCUGAAGAGCAAAGGGACAGUCCAAGCCACAGCCAAUGAGCAUCGAUCUUACUGUGUCAGCACCGACAUGGUUGCUAGAGACACUGUGACACUAUACCGCUUUGGCAGUCCGCUGUGCUUCGCAACGCAACAUAACAUCGUGGCUGACUUCGAGGAACUCUUCAAGGAUGAAAAGCGUCCAAGCGUCAAGGUUACAAGCAAGCUGGACAACAUGGAAGCCUGCAGGGAUGCUGUGGCUACAAAGGCGGUAGUCAUGGACUGCUCCGCCAUAAGCUUUAUUGAUUCUUCCGGUGUUCACGCACUCGAUCAUGUUUUGGACAUUUGUAAACAAAACAAGUGCAUCCUGUAUUUGGCUUCACUUCAAGAUUCCACCUUACGAAUCAUAAGGACACAGGAAGCCCUGUUGCAGAAAAUUGGUGUCGACCACAUCACGCCUACAAUACAAGAUGCCGUCGCUUUGACUAAUAACGACUUACCUGCAAGACUAUUCGGAAGCCACAUACGAACGCAUCUUUGAUAGUAGCAUAACGCUGUCUCUAUUGUUUA